AUGAAAACUUUUGAAAAUCUUCCAUGUGAAUGUAUAAUAGAGAUAUUUUUGCAUUUUGAAGAUAAUUAUUCAACUCUUCAUAAAUGUCUAUUCGUCAAUCGUUUUUGGUGCAAACUAGUGGUUCCUAUAUUAUGGCGUAGGCCAUUUCGACAGUGGUGUAACUCUUUUCAACGUGUCGAAAAACGUAUCGAAAGUAACUGGAAUUCUUUGUGCAGGACUUAUAUUGCAGCACUAAAUGAAGUUGAAAAAGAAAUCCUAACCCCGUUUGAUAAACGUCAUGAUUUUCCGCAACCAUUGUUUCAGUACUCUUCAUAUUUAGAAAAAUUUUCUUUUUCGGCUAUUUCAGGAAUAAUAAUGGAAGGUUGGAAAAUAAAUGAUAUGUGGAUUAACUUAUUUCAGGAUGAAACUAUUAAAAGGCUUAGAAGAAUGAUGACCGCUAUUCUUCAAUUAGUCUUGAGAACUAGCCAUUUAAGAGAGAUUGAAAUCUUAGAUUAUUAUUCUACUCAGCUACCAUUUUUCUAUAAUGUUUUAAACGGUAUUCCAUUUUCCUCCUAUCAAUUUGGAUUUUCACAAUUACGGAGUUUGACAAUACAUAUUAAGUCAUCUACAAAUCAUAAGGAGUUAUUAAGUAAUUUAUCGAAAUCGUGUACUAAUAUUCAAAGCUUAGAAUAUAAGAUCGAACGGUAUGUAGGUUCCGAGACUAUAGAUGCAUUGGCCGAUAUCAUAACCACACAGUCUAAUCUAAAAACAUUUUCGCUGAAUAUUCAAAAUUUUGUCUACGAUCAAGGAAGAUUAAUAAAUUAUUUACACUCUCAGAAGGAAUCAUUAACUUCGCUUUCUUUACAAUCUAUCAAUUUAUCAAAUGUUGAUUUGAAUAAAAUUGCGGAGUAUACAAAGCUAGAAACCAUGGAAAUAUGCAAUUGUUAUUGGAAUAUGAACGGAAGCUAUGAAAUAUUUUUACGAUCACCAAUUCAACUCAAGAGUUUGACUUUUAGUAAAAAUAGCUUUGGAGACAAUACAUUUUUAGCCGCACUCAUCAAAAAAGCUGACAAAAAUUUGUUGAACUUGUGCACUGACGAGGUACCCGAGAAAAUAAUGAAGUAUUUGUUUCAAUUCUGUCCAAACAUAUCUAAAUUUACGUUAUUUUACAAAAACGACUGGAAAAUGUUUUUACAUUAUUUAAAAGGGUCCAGGAUAAGCCGAUUAGUCAUUAAAUCUCACAUCAGUUCAAACAAAUUAUUAAAUAUUCUGGGAACAUAUGUUCCUUCUAGUUUAGAAGAAUUAUAUUUACGUUGCAACUUUACCCCGGAUUAUCUCAGAAAUUUUCUACUAGACUAUAGUAUUUCAUCAUCUGAUACAUUGGAGACUUUAUAUAUUAAGGACAUUGAGGAUCAUUCUUAUGGUUACCUUAAAGCAAUUGAGGAUUGUAUUGCGUGCAAUUCAUUGAAAACCAUCGUGUUAGAAUCUUUAGUAUAUACAGAUGAGAAAUUAGAUUUUGUUCAGAAUAUAAGAAAAAAGGGAAUCAAUAUUAUUUUACAAGAGACUGUUUAG